UUUACAAUGAAUGAAUAUCGAAAAGUAGCUUUUGGUACUGAGAAUUCUGGCUACUAAUGUGUUUAUCCUCAAAUCUGAUUCUAUCAAAUCGUAAAUGUACACAAAGAAAAUAAAAAGGUUCUUCAUGGACGACUGAUCUGUGACAUAUUUUAUAUCGUAGUGCCCAAACUUGUGUGCGUGUAAAAUCGUUAAUUGUUUAAUGUUUUUGAAUAUUAAAGUUGGUUAUUAAAAAGUUUCUCCUUUUUGGAAGACCCUGAAAACGAUGGAUAUUGAGGUGGAGUCGAGUGACGUCGGAGCGGAAGGCAGAGCAGCUCCUGGGAAGCGUCAGAGAUCCCCGCCUGCUGAUGAAGCUAGCAGCCAGAAGACGAGGCGCGCGCGUCGGGACAGCGGGACGCACAUGAUCUUCUCGCAGUACGAGGUGGUGCGGACCAUCCUGGGCCACUUGCCGCGGGAGGACGUGCGGUCCGCCGCCCAGGUCUGCAGCACCUGGAACUCCGUCGCCAAGAUCGUGCUGCAGUCGCGCAUGAAGGCGGAGUGGGUGUUGGCGUCCACGUACCCGGCCUUGGAGACCUUCCUGAGGACACAGUUGGCCGGUGAUCCGCGGCUGUGCUUGGUGUUCCUCAUGAAAAUGAAGAAAAGUUUGGUGGCGUGCCUGCGCAAGCACGUGGGCCCGGCGUGCGCGGUGGUGGAGGUUCAGGGCUCCGGCAUCGUGGGCUCCCCCGCUGGCUCCUUGGAGGCGCGCGAGCUGGAAGGGCGCGGCCGGAAGGGCGGCAUAUCCGCCCUGCUGCUGCCCAGCGUGCCGGGCGUGGCCUGCCGGACCUUCAAGAUCCCCGGACACGUCCUGGCGCAAGUCGACGAGGUGGACCUGACUCCGGAAGAGGUGCGAGCACGGACGUCCAUCGACCCCACGGACGACGUCAAGUGCCUGCUGCUGUUCAGCGACUGCUGUUCCGCGUACAUGAAGCGUCUGGCGCUGUCCGUGCGGAGAAGGCAGGCCAAUGAGUUUGUUCUGGCCGGGGGUCUGUGCUCGAUGUCGUGUCGGACGAUAGCUGGCGUGGCCCUGGCGGGCCCCAACGUGGUCGCUGCCUCCAUGCUCCUGCCGUCCGACGUCAUGAAGACGUCCGCAGCCGAGAAGUAUUUCCAAGAAUUCCGAAGGGACACCAAAGACAUUGACGCCAAGCAGACGGUUGGCUUGAUGUUUGCGUGCGUGGGAAGGGGCAAGUCGAUGUACAACGAGCCCAACGUCGAGGCGAGCCUGUUCAGGAAGUACUUUCCUUCCACGCCGCUCGUCGGGUUUUUCGGGUUCGGGGAGAUAGGUGCUGACUUUGUACCAGAUGGAAGGGAGGCACGAAGCGUAACUGACGAAUACUACGACGAGUAUUUUCGUGAUUAUUGCACUGUGUUUGUGUACCUGGCCUUCACGUAAGCACUGUCGUAUGAAGCAGAUGUUGAGGCGUCUGCUGUUGUAAUUGACUGCACUCCAAGACGUGCAGCUGUGAUGGAUGUGCGGGGGUUCUUACUACCAAGUGUUGCGUAUGUUUGCUGACGUGAUUCGACCAAAAAACAAUUAACAUAUAAAUCGAUUUUCCCCAGCUCAAUAAAUAGGAGAGUUGCUGAAGGAAAUGGAAUUGGAAUACUUUUCUUAAAGUUUUGGGUUUAUAUAUAUAUUAUAUUUUUUUAAUUUUUAAAGUGUUUUAAUUUUGUCUGAGAAGAGCAGGGCAAAAAUUUUUGAAAGCAUUAAUUUAUUUUAGAGAUAUAAAAUUAUUUUUAGUUCUUUAGGUGGAAGACCAGUCAUUGGAAUAUUUAUGCUAUUCAAUAUUUUUUGUAAUUGAAUGUGUUGAUAAUUCAUUACAAAAAUAUAUUUUUACACUAUUCCUCCCAUGUAUGCUUACUUGUCAUAUCUCUUCUUAAUUAUAAAUUUCCCUGUGUUUUAAGCCAUUUUCCUGUUUUCUCAUAAAUUCUUCAGCAGUAUAUUUUUUUCCACCUAUUACUCUUCCUUCUAUGUAUUUUCUAAUAUAUUUUCCUGGCCCUUUGAAAGUUUUGGAAUAGAUUCCACCUUAUUAAGUUAUUAUAUUACUUAUUUAAUGUACGUAUUUAUAUAUAUAAAACUAUGGGUUGGAUUCAAAUGGGGAAAAAAAUAUAUUGAAUCUCCCUUAAAGCCAAAUCUAUGUCUCGAAGAUAAGAAAUAAAGUAAUUUGAAAGAAAUAUAAAAUAUGUAUUUACUAUUGUGUUAAAAAAUUCAAAUUUAAAUGCUUGUUUCAUAAGUUAAGUUUCACAAAUCAAGUAUAAUGUAAUUUUAUUUACAUAAUUACAUAUUAAAAAUAAAAGUACAAUAUUUUUUGGCACAGAACUAGGAUAGCUAAAAAGAAAGAAAAAUAAAUUGACCUAAUAAACUUUAUAGUUGUCAGCACUGAAUUUACCUGUUACUUUUUUUCCAAUAGGUAUUUUUCUUUGAAUCUUUUAUUAAAAUCUCACAUUUUUAUUACUAAUAUUUUGAUGAUUAUGAAGGUUUUAGGAUUCGACCGGCCCAUCUAUAUAUGGUUUUAUUUGUUAUUCAUUGCAUGUGCUUUGUAAAUUGUUUUGUUCAGUUUUCUGUGAUAAAUAUUUUAUUAAAAAAAUGAAACUAAGAAUGUAUAAAACUGUUUCCAUACGCUGUACUACCAUACAACUCAAUGUAGCUUCAAUUUCUUGUGUACAUUGUGAAAGAUUAUAUUUAUAGUAAAAGUUUUUGAAUAUG